UGAUGCUACAGUUGUUUGUAAAAUACUCCACUCGAAGAGAGACGAAAUAUUUAGCAAGUCUGCGGAAACUUUGUUUAGUGCGGAUCAAACGAUUAACUUGAUUUACAAGAAAAUUUUCUAUCGUUAAACGAUAUAUAACUAAUAUUCUAAGCGAACUGUUUUUCGAUCUAUAUAUUUAUAUGUAUAAAUAUAUCUAUCUACAUAUAUAUAUAUAUAUAUAUAUAGAUAGAUAGAUAGAUAGCUAUUAUUAACUUAUAUUGUAAACAAAACAGCUGAGUUUUACGGAGGUUAUCGUAAUCUUUCGUGAAACGAAUCUACCAGCGAUGAUAAUUGAAAAGACAGAUUCAUUAUGGGUGUUUGGGUAUGGUUCCCUAACGUGGAAACCAAACAUCUGUUACAGAAAGAAGUUAAUUGGCUACAUAAAAGGGUUCAAGCGCACAUUUUGGCAGGGCAACAUGUACCAGCGCGGCACAAAAGAAAAGCCUGGACGUGUUGCUACUUUGGUGGAAAGUAAAAAUAAACAAGUUUGGGGUGUUGCGUUUGAAGUCUGCGGAAAAGAGAACAUCCAAGAUGCCUUAUCUCAUCUAGAAACUCGAGAAACUAAAUUAGGCGGCUACCGUUGUAUUGAAACCCAGUUCCAUCCACGAGACACGUUUGACAACCAGACAAUAAAUGUUAUUUGCUACACAGCAACGUCGAACAAUUCUCAGUAUUUAGGUCCCUGUGAUACAGAUCAGAUGGCUGAACAAAUUAUUUGGGCGAGUGGUACAUGCGGAACGAAUUCCGAAUAUGUAUUGAAGCUUGCUCAAUUUAUCCGAGAUUACAUUCCUGAAGAUGAAGAUGAACAUCUAUUCGAUCUCGAAGGGAAAAUUUUAGAGAAACAAAAUAAGUCGUGGAAUCGGAAAUCGUCAGUAUUUAGCCAGAACAUAUUUGAUGAAAGAACUUUAAACAGCAGUAUUAGAAGCAUGAAAUUGAUAUCGUAAAAUAUUUGUAUAUUUUGCAUCUGGUCUAUAUCUAUUUAUUAACAGUCACAGUCAUUGACUGUAUAUAUUGUCUUGUCCAUAUCAGUUCAUUUUCACAUGCAAACAUGAGUCUGAUAAUCUUCAUUCCCUCCAUUUAAACGAACAUAUAACGUCACAAAGGUGCAGAAUUCUUUUAACACAAAACAUUAUGACGAUUGUAAUUAUAAUGAUUACACGAUCAUUUUUAUUAA